AUGGCGUCGUUUUGGCGUCGACCAGGGGUGCUGUUUGGCAGUGCAGCACUCUAUGCAGGUGUAACCUUUGCUACUUAUGUGACGCUAUACGAUCCGAGGAAAAACACUGCUCAUUCUUCUGCUGCAAUACCUGUCAAUGACGCCAAGCGACUGCACAUUUUUGACACCAACGCGUCAAAAUACGACAAGGAAGUGGACUGGGACGAACGACUUAUGGGUAUCUCACUCAUGCGACGUCUCCUAUUGAGGAAGGCAAGGGGAUACGUCCUUGAGGUAGCCGCUGGAACGGGCCGGAACUUAGCAUUUUAUCCUCCCACCUCUCGGACGAUUUUGACCGACUUCAGUUGUGGGAUGUUAGACCAAGUGUCAAAAACACAGCAGCAGCGACUGGCUAGUUGUGAAUUGCGUGUAAUGAGCGCAGACGAGCUAGCGUUUCCUGACAAUCAUUUUGACACGGUGGUGGAUACUUUUGGACUUUGUAGCAUGGACGAUUCGUUGCGGACGUUGCGGGAGAUGCAACGCGUGUGUAAGAAAGACGGCGGUCGAAUACUAUUGCUAGAGCAUGGUCGGAGCAGCUACACGUGGCUGUCGGGUAUUUUGGAUAAGUUUGCAGAUUUGCAUGCUCAAAAGUGGGGCUGUCAUUGGAAUCGAGACAUUCUGAUGCUAGUGAAGGAGGCCGGUCUGGAAGUAGAGACUGUAUACCGCUUCCAUUUUGGUACAACCUACUAUAUCGUGGCUAAGCCUUGA